ACUUCGACAUUUCCCAUAUAUAAGCAUUCUCACGAUCAAAGAUAGCAUCUCAUCUUCGACAUAGUUUGACUCCAUCUUACAGACGUAUACACACUUUGUUUAUAUUCAAAACAAUAUGGGAUCUUUGGUGAAAGAGAAAACCUCGUCGUUGAUGACGGAGUUUUUGGAGAAGUGCGGCGGCUAUGCGGUGGUGGAUGGAGGGUUAGCGACGGAGCUACAACGCUAUGGGGCUGACAUCAAUGAUCCACUUUGGAGUGCCAAGUGCCUAAUUACUUCUCCUCACCUCGUCACAAAGGUGCACUUGGAUUACCUCGAGUCUGGUGCAAAUAUCAUCGCUACCGCAUCUUAUCAGGCAACGAUCCAAGGAUUUGUGGCAAAAGGUUUAUCGGUGGGAGAAGCAGAGAGUAUACUGAGGAGGAGCGUUGAAAUCGCGUGCGAGGCACGUGAGAUUUUCUACAACAGAUGCACCAAAGGUUCAUGGGAUUUCGACUACGCUGGAAAAGCCUCUGGACAACCUGUUCUUGUCGCAGCUUCCGUUGGUAGCUAUGGAGCUUAUCUCGCCGACGGAUCCGAAUACAGCGGGUUAUAUGGAGAUUCUGUGAGUAAGGAGACAUUGAAAGACUUCCAUAGAAGAAGAGUUCAAAUCUUAGAGAAAUCUGGAGCUGAUCUCAUCGCAUUCGAGGCUAUUCCAAAUAAGCUCGAAGCCGAGGUAUCUUAAGUUUACUACUUAACUAAAUUAAACCAACAAAGUGAAAAGAAUAUUCUAGUCGUUUUUGUUUAGUGCUGUGUCCUUGUAUCACCAUCCAAGUUCAAGCAUUCCAUGUUAUAGACAAAAAAAGGUAAAAAUUACUCACAUAAAGUUUUUAAGUAACUACAGAGUAUUAUUAGGUAGUUUUAGACUUUAGUCCAGUGGUUGCAUGAUGGUAGUUUUGAAAUUGUAAUCACAUUUCACAUGCAUAUACAUGCUAUUAGUCUAGAAUUGACCUAUGUGUAUAUAUUUUUUUA